AUGACUGAUUCUGAUACCACGAACAAGGAUUCCACGAUUGAACCCAUCAAGUCUGUUUCGGAGAGUUCCGAGCAGGUUUCCAAAGGAAAGAAGCUUAAGCGUAAGAGCUCCCAAGAAAAACAACAACAACAACAACAACAGCAUAAAGAGAACGAUGCUGAGACAGCAUCUUUGAACCGGACAACAUCCAUCACAUCGUUUUUCAAGAAAUCUCGGAAAGAUGCGGGUUCUGAUGCAGCAUCUUCAGAAACUCCAGGUUCAUCAUCUUCAACACCUCAUGGUAAGAAGCGUAAGCGACGGGCUUUGUUUGGAUUCAUCAAUUCCAACGCACCUAGCGAAAAUGAGGAUGAAGACAUUACUCAAGGUCAUAGUAGCAAUGACGAUGAUGAGGAUUCUCAAAAGCGUGAGGGAGAAGGGGCAGGGACUGAAGAGGACGAUGAGAGUUUAAGUUCGCGGCACCAAAACAAGCGGGUCAAGACAAAGCAGUUGACACCUGAUGAAAUUGCGCGCGAGGAGGAAAAAAUUGCAUUUGAAAAGCGGGAAGCUGAGCUUGAUGCGGAAUUGGAGCCCCAGUAUCGCAAGUUUCGGCCUUGUGGAUACAAGUUCAAUCCGCCACCCAAGGACCGACCAGUGCGCAUCUAUGCGGAUGGUGUUUUUGAUUUGUUCCAUCUGGGUCAUAUGCGACAGUUGGAGCAGGCCAAAAAGGCACUUCCCAAUGCGACGCUGAUUUGCGGUGUGCCAAGCGACGUGGAGACUCAUCGACGCAAAGGUUUAACUGUGUUAACCGACAAGCAACGAUGUGACACACUUGUACACUGCAAGUGGGUUGACGAGGUGAUUCCGGACGCUCCAUGGUGUGUGACACCGGAGUUUUUGGAAGAGCACAAGAUUGACUACGUUGCGCACGAUGAUCUACCCUAUGCAUCUGGUGACUCUGACGACAUUUACAAGCCAAUUAAGGAGCAGGGCAAGUUCUUAACGACGCAACGCACGGAGGGCAUUUCGACGUCCGAUAUCAUUACGAAGAUUAUUCGGGAUUAUGACAAGUACUUGAUGCGCAACUUUGCACGGGGUGCAUCGCGCCAGGAGCUCAAUGUGUCAUGGUUGAAGAAGAAUGAGCUGGAUUUGAAGCGUCAUGUGCAGGAGUUUCGGGAGUCGUUUAAAACGCGUUAUGAGAAUGCUUCCAAGGAUUUAUAUGGGGAGAUUCGCGCCUAUAUCAACAAUACUCUUGGUAAGAAGAAGCGCCGGCGUUCUGUUAAUUCUAAGGCUGGUGGCGGUAACAGCAGCAGCAGCAACAGCAGCAGUCGCAGUAGUAAUGGUGGUGGAGACAAGACUGGUGCUACAUCUACCACAGCAGUGUCUUCACCUGAAGAUGAUGGGUCUACGACUCCUGCAGUUGCUGGCAAGACCAAGAGCAACAACACGACUGCGGUGGAGUCUGAGGGUGAUUUUUCCGAGGAAUCUGAGGAUGAGUCUGAGCAAGAGGGGAAGACACCCCUUAAACGUGAGAGUUCGCCUGUGACUGAGUUUGUGAAUGGGUACACGGGUCACUCGGUUGUGGGCACCGUGAAAGGAUGGCUUUCGCGUAAGUCUGCACCUAACUCACCUCCUGGUGAAGUUUGA